AUGAGCGUUGAAGAAGAGAAGAAGGCAGAGUCUCCCAUGGAAGAAAAUCCCGGUUGCGGCCCAUGUACCAAAACUCUGCCGGAAGACCCCUCCAGCAGUGACAGCAGUGAGACUGCUCGCCGGAAGAAGGAGGACGAUCUGACGGUGUCUACUACCUCCAAUUCUUCCACGGAGGACCUACCAGCGGAUGUGCUUAUAAGUGAGGAUCCUACCACUGAAGCUGCAGAUCCAGCAUCACCGAAAGAAGGGACCGUGGGCCUGAAGCACGAAUUCCAACCGGGAGAUCACGUGAUUCGAUGGGAAAUGCUGCCCAUUGUGUGGCCCAUUCAAAUACACGGCAUUGUCCUAGAGACUACUGGAACGGACUCUAUCACUAUAUGUGAUUUUGGUCUGACGGCCGAGCCGAAAGAUGACCUCAAGGAAAACAGCGAGGAGACCAAUAACAACAACAGCAACGCUAGCGACAACAAUAACAAGACAGAGGAGGAAACGGCCAAGGAACAGGGCACUACCUCCAAACGGCUCUCCUCCGCGGCAUGGGAACUCGUCAAGCCCGACAUGACCAAUAAACAAAGAAUCACUCUUCACACAAUUACCACACAAGAACAGCUGAAGCCGUGGAAAAAGGUUCAGUAUGGCAGAGGGCUCUUUGGAAGUAAUAAGGGAUCACAAGAUCCCACCUCAGAGUCAAUCCAGUCUGAAGAUCAACAGCAGCAACAACCGCCCGGAAACCUAGACCAUCAGCAGCAACAGCAACAACCAGUAGAGGAGAAGAGACCCAGUGGAGGAAUCAUGCAAUGGUGGCAAAACAGACAGAAAAAACAACAAAAUACAGAGAACAUCAAUACCAACGGCGAAACCGAUGCUGCUGCUACAUUUGCUGCCACUGGAAGUGCAUCCAUGUCCAAUCUGGUCGAAGCAACCAAAAUGGAACCAUGGAACGACAUGCCGUCACUCAAAACGUCCGAAAGUGAUCCCACCUUGGCGAAUUCUGCUACAGACUCGGAAGUUGACGAUGAUACUACCGCCAAUAACAAUAAAUGGGAAGAACCACCCAAACGACGACGAAGUCUCUUUUGGACAACACAACGAAACGACACCAACAGCAACAACAAGUCACCCAACAACAAGGACGCCACAAACAACAACAACACACUACUACCCAAAUCCGAUCCACCCAAACUGGUACUCGCACGCACCAAAUUUCUAUUGGAACAGGGAGAAACCGUCUUGCCGCCGUACCAUCCAUUCAAGGCCAAUUCCGAAUGCAUUGCCGUUUUUUGCAAAACGGGACGAUGGAGUACAUUGCAGGCAUCGGUAUUUUUGCAUUCCACCGCGAUUUGCAACGUCAAGAGUUCCGUCGCCGUGACAUUGGGGGUGGCGGCAUCCAUGCCCUAUUUGGCACCGGCCAUUGCCGGAAUGGGACUGCUCUCGGUGGGUGCCCCCUACGUGAUUUUGAAUCAAAGCAAGGAAUACUGGCAGCAAGAAACGAUUCGUCUCAAUGAAUUGGUGUGGGCGCAAGCCGAUCCAGAAGUUUUUGUCGACUGUAUUCUGCAGUGGGCCAAAUUGGACGAGGCGAAACAGCGACAACAAACGAAUAGCAAAACGAAAGGGGGGAAUGAUACACCUGUUACAGAAGAACGGGAACCGCCACCUCAAAAAACUGAUGAACUCAAGCGCGACGAAAGCUUCGAAGUCGACGUCGAUGAUAUUCCACAACACGAGCAACAACAAGACGACGAUGGCAGCCCCGAAGUAGAUGUUGAUGAUAUCCUACAUGAUGUGCAGCACGACAAUGGAACUUCCACCGACGAGUCCAAGAAAACAUCAGUCUCCAAGAGCCCAACAAAGAAAUACCGAUUCGUUUCGGUGUGA